AUGAACACCACAAUUGCACCCAUCGGCCCUUCGUUUGUAGAUAUGCGGGGCGUGGUGGUGAAUCCGGGGAAGAGGCAGAUGUGGGUGAGCUUUAUGUCGGCCUUUGGCAAGGACAUGAGUGCUUCUGCCGUGGUGGCGAGGCUUCGCUUGUCCUUGAGGCUCAAGCGCAAGUGGCGGCCGUUUCAAGUGUUUCUGGAGCGGUUCAAAGUGGUGGGGGUGGGCGGAGGGAACAGUCUCAUUCAACCCACGAUCGCUCUCAACAGGUGGGAGAGAGGGGGGACGGAAGGGGCGGAUGGGAAAGAGGGGAGAGAGGGAUCUGAUAAAGCAGGGAAAGAGGAGAGGAGAGGAGAAUGUUACCCUUACCGUGCCCUUACGGGCAUCAUAGCAGCGUCACUAGCAGGGCGUUCCUUCUACCCCUCAGCUGCCUAUGCCACUCUCAACGCCAAUGUGGAUGUCGGCCGCGUGGUCGUUACCGGCCCGGGGAAAGCGCCUCUCGACGACUUCACUGGGUACCGCGGUGCAACGGAGAUGCGGUAUGGGGACUACAUGACUGCGAUGGUGGACGAGGAGGGGAGGGCACUUUUGAUGCGACUCACGAGUCUUUCCCACCCCUUUCUCCCCUCAAGGGUACCGUGCGGGGGAAAUGGGGAUAACGGGGGGAGUGGUGAUAGCGGGGGGAAUGGGGACAAUGGAGGAAAUGGGGAUCACGAGGGGAAGUAG